GCAUGCACCGACAAACAAGAGGUGGCGAAUGGAAUUCGUUGUUGAUUUUGAAUGGCGACCGCAAAAAUUUUGUCCUUUUCCCGAAGAUAGCGCGGAGAAUUUGAAGUACAGUAUAGAUCUAUGUUUCAUAUGCAGCAAGGGCUUCAACGUAAAAUCUCAAAAGAACGAUUACGACAGAUUUUAGGAUGCCGCUGUAUGGGAAAAUAGUUGUAAUAAAGAGAAAUGACCAGGAUGGUGCACAUUUCCCACUAACAGUACCACAGUGCUUAUUUGGGAGGAGCAAUGAAUGUGAUAUACGCAUACAGCUUCCAAAUGUCUCUAAGGAACAUUGUCGCAUUGACGUAAAUGAAAACGGCGAGAUUUCUUUGACAAAUCUCAGCCAAGUAAACCAGACUGUUCUUAAUGGGAAGUCUGUUGUUGGUGGCAUCAGGGUUUUUCAUAGGGAUGUCUUUACUGUUAUCGAUCGUUCCUUUCGGUUUGAGUUCCCUCCAGGGUCUCCCUAUCGCACAACCCCAGAUCAAGUGCCAGUGAAGAUACCAUCCACAAAAUCACCAACCCGAUCUCAACCCUUGUACUCGAAAAUGCUGACACCUAAGUCAAAGCCUACUCCGUCCCCAUCCAAGCAAGCUUUCCCUAAAAGAACACCAGUGAGGACUACACCAAAGAGCCCACUGACAACACGCAGUGAUCAAUUGAGCCAAGAUGGAAAAAUAUUGUCGCCAAAAGCAAAACCUCCAACACCUGGUGACAAGCAAUCAAGUCCCGAGAAGAAUAAGCAGAUGUCCCUGUCACCUCUACAGAAGUCAUUAUCUCGAAUCACUCCUCCCAAGUCUGAUGUUGGCGAGAAAAGGCGAAGCAGUGGUCGCAAGGCACCACAGUACAGCAGUCCUAGACAACCCCCCAAGUCUGUACCACUGAGAAAGAGCAUAAGUGAUCUCCGAAGAAGUGCUGAGACAAUUAUUGAGUCCACUGAUGAUUGUAGAAAGUCUACUAAGCAGGUGUCACCGUCACCAAACACUAAAGGGAAAACUACAGUAUCCAGUGGACAGAAACGCAAGACGGUAGAGCCUAAAUUAAAGAUUUCACCACCUACAAAGCGAACAAGGAUUUCGUUUGGUCCCAACUUAAGCCCGGAACAGUUUGACCAAGAUCUGCCACCGUCUACGCCUGUCAGACGGGGGGCACUGCCAUCUCGACGGUCAAUGCCUGUGACCUCUAAUUCUACUCCUGUCAAGAGUGGAAACCGGAACAGCCUGUCUCACAGAAUUAUCUCAGAAGAAAGUGAUGGGAAGAGUCCUGCAGUCGAUACCUCUGUCCAUAUGAUGGAAAUGUCUCCGAAAAACACUUCAAACAAAAUGAGUAGCAGUCCAAAUGCAGAGGUGGCGACUGUGAGUCCAAAACAGAAGAUGCCCAAAAAGUCUCCUGCACAAAAUCGAAGUGAAAAAAGUCCAAACUUGAAGACACCUAAAACAUCUCCUCGUCAAGUUGUUAAAGAGACUCCAGUGCAGAAGACCCCUAAUAAGAAAGCAGAUUCACCAUGUGCAGUACAAAAUACUCCAUCAAAGACACCUAAAAGGACUCCGAAGCAGAAGGCACUUAAUACACCUGUAAAUCAAGAACCGAUUAAGACCCCAAAACAGAUGACACCUAAAGUAACUGCUUCUCCAGAGCUUGCUUUGAUGAGUCCAGUGCUAAAAACAUCUACGGUAACUUCAGAACAAAAGAUACCAAAACAAAGUCCAAAACAGGAGGCACCAAAUCAAAGUCCAAAACAGAAGACACCAAAACAAACUCCAAAACAGAAGACACCGAAACAAACUCCAAAACAGAAGACCCCGAAACAAACUCCAAAAGAGAAGACACCGAAACAAACUCCAAAAAAGAUGACACCGAAACAAACUCCAAAACAGGUGACUCCAAAAAUGACUGCAUCUCCAGAGCGUGCUAGGAUAAGUCCAGCACUGAAAAUGCCUAAGGUAACACCAACACAGAAGACCCCAAAUCAAAGUCCUAAACAGAAGACAAUAAAACAAACUCCAAAACAAAAAACUCCUAAGAAAACUCCAAAGCAGGUCACACCCAAAAUGAAUACAUCUCCAGAGCUUGUUACAAUAAGUCCGAUAGCAAAAAUGCCCAAGGUAACUCCAAAACAGAAGAUUGCAGUACAGAGUCCCAAACGUACUCCAAAACAGAACACAUCCAAACGUACUCCAAAACAGAACACACCCAAACGUACUCCAAAACAGAACACACCCAAACGUACUCCAAAACAGAAGACACCCAAUAAAUCUAAGGUGAAUACUCCAAAGCCUGCUGUUAAAGAAACUACAAAAGCUUCGGUACAAAAGAAAAAAGUCGUAAUCGCUACUCCAAGGUCAGUUAGAAAAGUAAUAGGAUCAGCAAGAAAGAUGAAAACGACUCCAAAAGGAAGCACAAGAAAGACUACACAAUCAAAAGGAGUUAAAGCUAUGCCAGUGAUAUCUUGGGCUGAUGUUGUUCGUGAAGGAAUUGCUCUGAAAGGUGUAACAAAAGCUACUCACAAGAAAAAGCUUGUGAAGAAGGCUAUUGCAAGAGCAAAGCGAAAUAUUGUAGUUAAGAAGGCAUUUAUUAAUUCAGCAAAGGCUGCCAAGACACCCAGUAAGGUACGUAAGGUUCCUAAAACUCCAGAGGUAAAUAGCACAGGCCAUGCUGUGUCCCCUGAAAACAUCAUGAUACACAAGAAAGUUACCAAGACACCUAAAGUAUACAGGAAAGGUAAGAAAAAUAUGUCUGCUCCAAUGGAGAAAGCUGCUGAUAUUAGCUUUACUGGUGUCACAGAGCUAAUGAAAACACCUAAAGUUAAAAGGACACAAAUGACACCCCAGAGUCAUCCAACCACUAGUUCAGUGAAAAGGAAAUCUCCAAGAAAGUCUAUGACAGCCAUGUCUCCUGUGUCAGGACAGAUGCAGAAAAGUGGGAGAAAAUCAGUUACUCCAAAAUCGACAGGCAAAAAAUUAGUGCGGGAAAUGAUGAAAACUCCAAAACAGGUGGUUAGUCCAAAAGUUGGUGGAAUUAAAAAGCUAAUGAAAACACCUAAGUCUACUAGAAGUCCAAACUUGGCUGCUGUUAAAAGGAUGAUGAAGUCUCCAACAUUGCAAUCCAGUCCAGUGCUCAUAGGUGUCAAAGAAGUUAUGAAAACACCUAAAGAUAUUGUUAGUCCUCAAAUAACAGGUGUUAAAGAGCUUAUGAGAACUGCAAAGGUUGCAACAAGUCCACAAUUGGUGGGCAUUCGGGAGCUUAGCAGAACGCCUAAAAGAGUCGAGAGCCCAUGCUUAACGGGCAUAAGAGAGCUUAUGAAAACACCCAAGCAGCUUUCGGAAGCAGAGCUGUCAGGGAUCAGUGAUUUGAUGAAGACUCCAAGUCAGCCAGAGCCAUCUCUGAAGAGGAAGGCUAGCUCCACUACAAAGAAGCCUCCUAAAAGGCAAAAGGUUGAAACGCCUGAUGCAAAGAUUUCCCCUAAAAAACAGCCAUCAAGAGACAUGCACGACCUUGAAGCUCUAGUAACACCAGCCAGAUCACUAGUUCCUGAGUCUUCACCUCCAAAACAAACGAGCGGAGGCACGCGUGCUGCUAAAGCAACCCCAGUCAAGUCACCAGUUCCCGAGCUUUCAACUCCAAAACAGACAGGCAGGGGCAAGCAUGCUGCUAAAGCAAUAGUAACCCCAGUCAAGUCACCAGUUCCCGAGCUUUCAACUCCAAAACAGACAGGCAGGGGCAAGCAUGCUGCUAAAGCAAUAGUAACCCCAGUCAAGUCACCAGUUCCCGAGCCCUCACCUCCAAAACAAACGAGCGGAGGCAAGCGUGCUGCUAAAGCAACCCCAGUCAAGUCGCCAGUUCCCGGGCUUUCAACUCCAAAACAGACAGGCAGGGGCAAGCAUGCUGCUAAAGCAAUAGUAACCCCAGUCAAGUCACCAGUUCCCGAGCCUUCACCUCUAAAACAGACAGGCAGAGGCAAGCGUGCUGCUAAAGCAAUAGUAACCCCAGUCAAGUCAUCAGUUCCCGAGCCUUCACCUCCAAAACAGACAGGCAGAGGCAAGCGUGCUGCUAAAGCAACCCCAGUCAAGUCACCAGGUCCCGAGCCUUCAAGUCCAAAACAGACAGGCAGAGGCAAGAGUGCUGCUAAAGCAAUCCCAGUCAAGUCACCAGGUCCCGAGCCUUCAAGUCCAAAACAGACAGGCAGAGGCAAGCGUGCUGCUAAAGCAAUAGUAACCCCAGUUAAGUCACGAGUUCCCGAGCCUUCACCUCCAAAACAGACAGGCAGAGGCAAGCGUGCUGCUAAAGUAACCCCAGUCAAGUCACCAGUUCCCGAGCCUUCAACUCCAAAACAGACAGGCAGGAGAACGUGUGCUGCUAAAGCAAUAGUAAAGUCUGCCAGCUCACCACUUCCUGAGCCUUCCCCUCCGAAACAGACAGGCAAAGGGAAGCGUGCUGCUGUGAAGCCAGCCAAGUCACCAGUUCCUGAGCCUUCAACUCCAAAGCAAACAGGCAGAAGAACGCGUGCUGCUAAAGCAAUAGUAAAGUCUGCCAGCUCACCAAUUCCUGAGCCUUCACCUCCAAAACAAAAAAGCAGAGGCAAGCGUGCUGCUAAAGCAAUAGUAACACCAGUCAAGUCACCAGUUCCUGAGCCUUCACUACCAAAACAAACACGCAGGGGCAAGCGUGCUGCUAAAGCAAUAGUGACCCCAGUCAAGUCACCAGUUCCCGAGCCUUCACCUCCAAAACAGACAGGCAGGGGCAAGCGUGCUGCUAAAGCUGCAGUGAAGCCAGCCAAAUCACCAGUUCCUGAGCCUUCAACUCCAAAGCAGACAGGCAGGAGAAUGCGUGCUGCUAAAGCAAUAGUAAAGUCUGCCAGCUCACCACUUCCUGAGCCUUCACCUCCAAAACAGACGGGCAGGGGCAAGCGUGCUGCUAAAGCAAUAGUAAACCCAGCCAAGUCACCAGUUCCCGAGCCUUCACCUCCAAAACAGACAGGCAGGGGCAAGCGUGCUGCUAAAGCAAUAGUAAACCCAGCCAAGUCACCAGUUUCUGAAAAAUCGAAUCCAAAACAGACAGGCAAGUCCAGACGUGUGAAUACAGCACUUAUUUCUCCAGUUGCUAAACCCAAGCGAGGCAAAGCUGUAUCGUUUGAAGCCAGUCCUUUGAAAUCGUCUCCUGCCCUCUCCAGUAGGCGUCGUAGGGCAAAAGGCGCAUUGACAGACGCAAUAGAGCAAUCUGUUACAGUUGUGGAAAAAGGUUUAGGCAAGAGAAAGGCUGUUGACCAUGCACCAGCAGAUCUUGUUAAGGUUCCAAGAUCCCGGAAAGGAUCCAAGACUGCUACUAAGGGGAGUGAAAGUACAGAGGUAGGAGAGAAACUGACACUGCCAUCACCAGUGAAACAGGAACCAGAGCCCAGAGAAAUGUCUUCUCCACCUGCCAAGAGGAGCAAAAAAGGUGCAAUUGAGACAUCUAAAAGUGCCAAUCUGCAGGCAUCAAAGCGCAGAGGUAAAGCAGGCAAAACAACUGACGUGUUACAAUCGGCAGAAAAGGCCAUCUCUACUGCAGCGAAGAAAUCUGCUCGUGGGCAACGUAAGCCUACUUCUAUAAAGGCGACAAAAGCCACGACAGUUUCACCAAAAGCAAGAAAAGGAAACACCAAGCUGACAACAACCUCUCCAGCGAAGUCGCCCGUCACUCGGAGAAUGACACGAGCACGCAAAUAAAGGAAGUGAGCCGGUUUUUUACAUGGUGACUUCCAGUGGCUGUGCGAUACAUUUCUGUCCUUGAUAGAAAACGUGCAGUCUUGUAAUUUUCUUUUUUUAUUGUAUUCUGUGUCUGGCAUAGAUAGUAGAAUAAGUACUGUGAGCUACAUUCUUGUAUAUUAGCAUCAUAGAUUUUUAUGUUGUCAGAAUUGCUAUUCUUAGACAAAAUCCAUUUUACUAGACAUAGUAUAAAAUAGGGAAGUGAAAUUCAUUUAUUUUUAAGUGCUAUAAAAAUGUUUAUUGUGUUAACCAGCAAUGUGUAUUUUAAUACUCUCCUUUAACGCAUAUUUCAAUACCAAUCAUUCCUCGCAGGAUUUAUAUUUUUACAAAUUUGUACAUGUAUAUAUUUCAUAUGUAUUACCUGCAAUGUGAAUUUUGUAUGCACAUCGAACACUCCAUUCAUUUGAAUGCAGCCAUGUUAAAUGAUAAGAAAAGAUCUUUUCUGGAAUUCACAUCUGUUUUCCUAGUAGUAGUAGUUUUUCUAGAACACAACAUGAAAUUUGGGUUCAUAAUAAUUUUAGUGUACAUUAUAGUUUUUAGUAGUUAAUAUUGUUGAAAUUACUGACCCCUUCUUGGUAUUUGUGGCUGCAUUAGGCCAAAACAAAAUAUAUGUGUGGUUACCGUUACAUGCCGGAAAAAAAUAGGGUAGAUAGGUAGGGAAAACA